UUGCAGAUGCAGACAGAUGUGCCCGAAGACAGACUCAGCAAUGAGGAGAAGGCGACCACGUGUGACAGUAUGACUCUGUCCAGCACGCCGACAGCUCGCAGAGGAAGCACUCCUCUGCCACUGAAGCACCAGCUCAGACGAGAAGAAGCUGUGCACGAUGACUGCGACUGGACAUCAGGGGCUGCCGGGCCCUCUGCGUCACCGAUCCGCUUCGGUCCAGCCUUGGACGUCACUCCGACCGUGGCGGUGGAGGGCCGACCUGAUGGACCUCUAAGGAUCGCCCUGCUGGGGCAGAACGGCGUGGGGAAGUCUUCUCUGGCCCUCGCCCUCGCUGGGGACAUGGACAGGACGGCCUCUGUGGAUUCUGAUGGGGAGGGAUACGUGUGCACGGUCACAGUGGAUGAGGAGGAGAGCGCCAUCAUUAUCUUUGACAACUGGAGACAGGACCUGUCGGCUCUGCAGUGCGAGGUGUGUGUCCUGGUGUUUUCAGUGACUGACAGGCGCAGCUUCCACCGCACCGCCCAACUCCGACUCCUUUUGAGAGAGAUUCGGCCCCAAACUCCCAUCAUCCUCGUUGGUAAUAAGAGUGACCUUGUCCGCACACGUGAGGUCCCCUCUCAAGAGGCCAUGUCCAGCGCCGCCCUAUUCAACUGUCUCUUCCUGGAGAUCUCUGCCUCUCUGGACCACCGCACCCUAGAGCUCCUGGAGUGUGCGGUGCGACUAGCCAGGGGCCAGUCCCCGUGGCCCCCGGGGAUGAGCGCGGAGGACUUGAGCGGAGGAGGCCAACGCGAGAGCAUCACCUCCCGUGCCAAACGUUUCCUGUCCAGCCUGGUGCCCCGGUACCCACGAGAGCGGGAGGCGGGCAAGUUCCUGAGGCAGAAGUCCCGCUCGUGCCAUGACCUGGGGGCGCUGUGA